CUACCAUCAUCCUAGGAUGGUUAUUCCAUCUGAGAAACAUCUAUAAAUCUCUCCAUUUGAUUGCAGUCAGGAUGCCGCCUUCAAACGGGCACCUGCUGCUCCCCAAAUUUUGGAGAGCAGCCAGGUCUGCCUACGAGAAGGCCUACAAGACUAUCAAGUCUAGGUUCCCAGAGCAAUUCCAACAAAGCUCACUUCGCCUUCAGCCUGAGUACGUGCGUGUAGUCAACAGACAUCCCAUAAACCGGGCUGCUGCUAUCCGUCAAGCUCGUGGUCGCCACUACUACUCCACCCGUGCAGCAAGCUCCUUCGUCUCCUACAUUCGCAGUGGCCUACAGGGCGAGCGUACUGCCUACAAGACAUCUCGAGUCGCCGCUAAUGUCAGUCGCUUGACUAAACAUGCUCCCUUUGCAUCAACCCUUCGUCCGAAUCUGACCGGCGGCACCCUGGGCCGCACGGCGGGUGGCUAUGCAAUUGGUGCUGGCCGCAUCGGUGGGGCACGAUACUUCUCCCAUGGCGCGGCUGCCCCUGCGCAGGUCAUCAACAAUGUUUCUGUCGGUGUUCGGGCGUUCUUCCUCUCGGGACAGAAGGCUCGCUUUGAUGGAGUCGAUCCCAUUACUGGCAACAAGCGCUUCAAGGCCGUGAGCAAGCUUCAGGAUGAGGCCGAGCGCAAGAUGGCGGCGAUCCCCCGUACGGCACCCGGCUCCUUUGUCGACUUCCAGAUUUCCCCAACUAUCACCGCUUUCGGUCUGCAGAAGAACCUGGUAGCGACUGGUGCUGGUGACGCCCAGACCAUCAACUCGGACGGUCUCUUGGAUUUCCUUUCCGCGGACUUUGCCCGUGCCCUCAAGGAUCUUGCUGCCGUGCUUAACGACCUGAAGAGGCUAUCCACACUGGGUGACCUGCCCAUUUUGCUACAUGAUAACUCUACGAUUCGAGUGCGGUUCCCUGGUUGCGAUGCUAGUACUGUUGAACGUCUGUGUGAUGAGGCUGGGGUUCAGAGAGGCAAGAUAGUGCAGGAUGAGGACUUCGACAUCCGUACAGGUGCCGAUCUCGCUCUCUUGUUUCCUUUUGCCCCUAGUGUACCAGCUUCUCCUGACGUGAACGACUACUUCUAUCGCUCUGGGACCAUAAAGUCACAGGCUCCGGAGGAGGUUGAUUGGCAUGCCAUGAUGUCUCCGGAAGAUGUGUCAGAAGCAUCUCCUGAACCCUACAAGCAGCCCUUAAAUCAGCUCAGCUUCGAGGAUGUUACUAUGUUUGGUGAGAACCCAUGGAUGUCUUCUCCGUCAGGAUAUUCCAGCAUCAAUGUCAGCGAACUUGGCGAUCGGGCCUUUUUUGCCGAAGUCGCAAGCAUUGGUGUACCCGAAAGUGCCUCCGAGUACGAUGGAUCGGAUGGAAUACGCAAAUUCAUAGCAGAGUGUGAUCAUGCUUCGCGACAUCAUGGGCGGGCUUUUUAGCCGUGAUACUUAUGAACAUACAGACUUUGACAGUCAUUUAUUUCCUAUUGUUGUGAUUUUAUCUGAUGCAUAUACCUUACUAUUAUAAACACGAGGUGACAGAUGACGUUAACAAACGAAAAGACCAAAAACACAUUGGCCCUUUACUUUUGCUUGAGGAGCUCUACAUCUAGUCCGAACAAUCAUUCUAUGUAUUUAGGAGAAAGUUAGUUUAGCCAAACUUGAUCUUUUCCCCA